AUGAAGUCGUUCGUCGCUUUAUCUGCUCUAAUAGCUAUGGUUGGUGCUGCACCUCAGUUCCAGUACCAACCGCAGCAACAGUAUCCAGGUCAACAGAUUCCUAUCCUCAGACAGACUCAAGAAGUAAAUUUUGACGGCUCCUACCAGUACAGCUAUGAGACUGGAAAUGGCAUCUCAGCCCAAGAACAAGGUUACCUGAAGAACGCUGGUGUAAAGGAUGCAGAGGCUCAGGUCGCCCAGGGUUCAUAUAGCUACACAUCGCCCGAAGGCAUCCCCAUUACUCUCACUUACAUCGCUGAUGAGAACGGUUUCCGUGCAGAGGGUGCUCAUUUGCCUACUCCUCACCCGAUCCCAGAAGCUAUUGCUCGUGCACUCCAAUAUAUCCAGUCCCAGCCCCAGCAACCCCAACAAACAUUCGCGCAACAACCUUUCCGCGCAGGUCUAAGAGGUAGGCAUACCGUGAUUACUUCAAAAACUAAACUGAGUGCAUCAAUUACACCGGAAUCUCAAGCAGAGACUGUGGAAUAUCAAAAUAUAAACGAUGGUAACGGAAACUAUUUCUUCAGUUAUGUAACAUCUAAUGGCAUAACAAGACAAGAAAGUGGGCAUCUUGUUAAUGCGGGACAACCCGACGAGCACGUUGACGUGGAAGGUUUUUAUUCUUACACGGACUCCGACGGAGUUUUACAAAGAAUAUCUUAUACUGCAGAUACCAAUGGAUAUUCUAUUCGGACAAAGCCACCUUCUAUUAAUAGAAUUUUACUAUCCGGAAAUGUCGUCGCUUCAUUGCUUGGAUGA